GCGACAUUCAGAAGAAAUUUAUGGCAUUGAAAUGAGACUGCAAAGUCAGAUUUCAAACACACUACUGGUAAAGAACCAACAGAAGGAUUUACAAUCCAAAAUAGAACGGCUGGAAGAAGAGAGGAACAGACUCAAAGAGGACUUAAGAAAUUCAUCUGUUGGUAGCAGGGAUCGAUAUUCUGGCGCAGACUUGGAAUACCAGGAUAUUCAAAUGGUUCGUCAAAGGUACGAGGAAGAAAAGAGAAGCAAGAUAAGGCUUGCUAACGACAUGAAGUAUCUGCUAGCUGAUAUCACGGACCUUAAAGAAAGAAACCACAGACUACAAGAUGAUUUCCUUCGAGAAAGAAUGGAAAUAAAAGCGAUGAUAGAGAAACAGGCCAAUGAAAUUACUCAGGAGUAUCUGACACAGAUCAGCAAAUUGCAGAGGUCACUGAUAGAUGAAACUAAAAGAAGGCAAGAGGCCGAAGCUGGCAGAAAUGGGCUGAUAUACAGCGAGGAAAAUCAUACCAGCUGUACAGGUGUUCAGACGGAUAUGAAUUCCAGGUCUGGUCAAGGUAACAAUGAUUUCCAGGUGCAGCUAGCCAACGAGAUUAGACGACGAGAAAACCUAGAAGUAGAGAAUAAGAAACUUCUAUAUAAACUAAACGAAAUUCUAUCGGCUGAUGCGAAUCACAAAGGAAUUGACCAUGCUAAUUUCAAAGGGGCCACUUUGAGAGGAAAUCAAACACACAAUGUAGGGUCUUCGAUAAAUAACCAAGAGAGUGUUAAAAAACGGCAAGAACUGCAGAGUGAAAUAGAUGAUCUUCCAGAUAAGCUAGAGGUAUCGAAAAACGAAGCUAAGAAGAACAAAGAGCUCAAGAGGAAAAACGAAGAUCUUGAGGAAGAGGUCACUCGAGUGACUCGAAAGCGAGAUGAACUCUUAGCUGGCCAGAGAAACCUCACUCGCGAAGUUGACCAUUUGUCUCGCACACUGGAAGAUGUGGAAAGGCGAAACAGAAAGCUUUCUGAAGAAGCUGAACGAUUCACGCGGAAGAUUCAGGAACUUGAAGAUUCAUUCCUUCAAGAAAAGAUAACAUUGACAAGAAAUUACGAAAAUGAGAAGGCUAGAGCCGUAGAAGAAGUAACAAAAGCAAAAGAAGCUUGUGAGAGAAGACUUCAGGUGCAAACAGAAACAACAAGAAGGCUUGAGGAGAAAAUACUACGCCUAGAAGGACAAAUAUCAGCAAGCGUUGGGACUCAAACGGGGGGCUCCCUCACUACACUCCCUUCGGAUAAUGGCGCUACAAAAGAUCGUAGGAGUCGCAUUAUUCAUUCACAAGACGAAAAAUUAAAGGAAGAGGUGGAACAUUUAGAGGCUAUGUUAAAAGAUGCAAACAAAAAGCAUGCAGAUGACCUCAAGAAUCUUGAGGCACAAAAACGACGAAUGUCAGAAGAGUUUGACAGAGAGAGACAGUCAUUAGAAAAGUACUUUGAAAAAGAGAAUAGAACUCUGAAACAAAGGCUGCAAGAUGUUGAGUCGAGUAUCCGUGGAGACGGUGUGGGGUUUAUUGGCAUAGAAGGAGAGAGUAGAGAACACAGUAUUAGCAAUUUAGGAAGGAGAUCUCCUCCAAACAUUGAAGGAACAAAAGAUUUACCUCGAUUUCAAUCCAGGAACGAAAUAUACGGCAAGAAAUCUAAAGAAAGUGAGUUUCAGCAAAAAGUCCAGGAGAUGGAGAGAAGAUAUGAUGAAGAGAAAAGGGAUAUUUUGAAUCGAGCCUCAAGGGAGAAGGCAAAGUUAGAGGACGAAGUAAGAGAAGCUAAGGAGAAACUUACUAGUUAUCGCCGUUUACUCGAGGACGAAAUCGAAGACUUGAAAAGGAAGCACCGAAAAGAAAUAGAUAUACUAAAUGAAGAGCUAUUAAAACAGAGGGCCGAAUUCGAGGAAAGACUUCGUACGGCGGAGUGUACCGUAUCAAGAGGCAUGAUCGGUGCGUCGACCAUUUAUGACAACUCAAAUCAUUUUGAUCAGAUUAACGAAACAAGAAGAGAAGAUGGCCUUCAAGACAAAAAAAGUCCCAAAGCAAUGGUUGGAACGUCGGGAACAAAGAGAGAUCGAUAUGGCUUUCAAGAAUUUGAUAGAGCCUUUUCCCAAGAACCCGGGAAUCCAAAUGAUGUGGGCGCUCGAGACGGAAAGUCAACUAAGAUAACAAGCCAAUAUGGUUUUGAAGAUGACAACAGAGUUGGAAGAGGAAGAAAAACUGUUGAAGAUGGUAUGGGAGGAAGAGCUGGUCUAGAAAAUGAAACUAUAGUGUACAGAGAAGAAACGAGAGAUUAUCAAAGCCAGUCGCAGAACGAAAAGAGAAAGUUUAUGGAGGCAAUACAUUCUCUGACGCAGGAGGUUAACGCUCUUAAAAAUGAAAAGAAAGAAAUGAAGAAUUGCUUCAAAAAAGAAAUGGAAAAGCUGACAAAAGUCAACGAUGUCGAAAAGAAAACCAUUCGGGAAAGAGCAGAGAGAGAUAAAGAUGACGAAGUAACACGAGUAAAAGAAAAUUAUGAAGAAAAAUUGGCCUCUGAACGAAAAAGACUGCAAGGAAACAUUGAUGAAUUUCGACGAAAGAUAGCAUUAACAGAAAAAAAAGUCAGGGAUAUGGAAGCCCAACAACGGAACGAGAGAAUGCGUUACCAGGAACAAAAAAUGAAUGCAGAAAAGAGCCUUAUCCAAAGUCAAGAUGAGUUAAAAAUAAAACUGGAACGAGAUUACAGAAAGAUGCUGAUCGAUGAAAAACAAAAAUUUGAGCAAACAAUUAAAGGAUUAACGACACAAAUAUCUUUCCUGCAAAAUCAGAGGAAAGAAAUUCAAGAUAAGUUGCAUAAGAACGAUGUGGCAGCCAAUGCUAGCGCAAAAACAGAGCAGGAGUCAAGAAGCAGGAUGGUAAUUCAGAUGGAACACGAGUUCUUUGAGCGGGUGCAACGCGAGAAAAGGCCCCUGGAAGAUAAAAUUAAGGACCUUCAGCAAGAAAUCAAUAAGCUGAGGAGGGAAAAAUCUGAACUGAGUGAUGUUCUGGAGGGUGAAAAGCAAGAGCUUGAAAAUGAGCGGGAGAAAAUGCAAGCAGAGAUGAAGAGAAAGCUCAGCAAAGCGAGAGAGGAUAUGGAGAGAAAGGCGAACGUUAUAGGGAAGCAUAUGGUGGCAACACCUGUAAAAAGUGUCCUCGUUGGCUCCGAAACUUGUCAUCAUUGCGCUCAAUCUGAUGUUCGACAGUACAAGGAGCAAAUCAACUUGGUGGAACAAAGGAAUAUGACUCUCAAAACCAAAACAGAGAGACUGGAGCGAGAGCUCAGAGUUAUCGGUGACAGAUUGAAAACUCUGGAAGUACGAAACAAGGAUUUAGAAACUGCUAACAGGGAGGAAAUGAGCUAUGGCAAAGAUGUAUUCCGGUCAGGUUCUGGACGUUAUGGAGAAUCAGACAUCCGCGGAGCCAACGACCUUUCAACUGGCUCAAUGAUUAGUGGCAUGAGGACGGAAACCAGAAUUUUUCAGCCAAACCUUUCUCCAAGACUGAGUUUGGCUAAUGGCAGUUCUUUGUCGGGUUCAGGGCUAUCCUAUGGUGACAUUCUUGAUAAGGUUCGGUAUACAAUGCACACCACAGGAGGUAUUUAUGACGCUCUCAGGGGUCCAAUGGCAAGCACAAGCGGAAUGGUCAGCGGAGGGUUCCUUGGGGGUACAAGUUCUGCACUAAGGCAUGGCAAUCCAAUAACAGGAGGCACGCUUAAUCAAUCGACGGUUUCUUCUCUGGGAAUAAGAAAUAUCGAAGUUAGCAGUUCUCUCGGUAAUGUAGGCGGAAAUUUGAUAGCUGAAGGAGUCGGAGGCGCCUCUUAUGGCAGAGAAGGGAAUCAUUCACCGUCUGAACGGUAAAGAUAGUGAAAACUCAACCAGAGGACUUAAGUCCAGGCUUUAGUGAUCACAAUGAGAGCAAAUCUUUCUUUCAAGGACAAUACAAUGACAACUAUUUUGAAAUAUAGGGCGUUGAGAUAACUACAGGGGGUAUUUUAAAGACCAUAAUUUAUCCAGAAUACAUUGAACAUCACAAUCAGGAAUUACCACGAUGAAAAGAGUUCCCUUAUGCUAAUGUAUCCUUCUUGGCCUUUCACAAUCUAUUAUAUAAACCCUAUUAGUAAUGUGCGGAUUGCAUGCUCAGUUACGUACCAAACUUCCUUAAUUUUCAAAGUUGGCAAAGUAAAAGCUUUUGUUAAUUACUAAGAAGCCGAUUUUUUUAUUUUUUAAAACGGGCACUUAAGAGAUCAUGUGAUCAAACUGCCUCAGUUUGUUAUUUUAGUUUCGUUAAGCAAUAGUAAGAGAUGCAUUUGGUUAGUUAAAUGCAUUAAGCUUUUAUAAGUUACAACAUGCUCUGGUACCUUUCGUUCUAAAUCUUAGUCACGGAUAUCGUGAUUUUGUGUAUCCUCUAUGAGCUUAAAUUUAUUUUCUAGGAAUUGUUUUUGACAUGUUGAUACUGUAUAUAUCAAAGAAAGUAUCAUUCCUUUGUCAGGUCCAGUUUUUUUUAACCUUUUUGCAGGAUUCGAAUUGCAAAUAAUUAGAUUGGGCACUUUGAUUUUCUCUUGGAGGGAUCGAUACUUUUAUUCUUCAUAUUUUUUAUUAUUGAUUUCUACUUUAAAGGAUAGGUUAAGUCGACGUUUGCACGAGACACAUGUAGGGUUAAAAGUGAUAUCAGUUUCACUUAUCAUGUAAUCAAAUUUUAUUUAUGUCUGAAUUAAUGAGACGUUGUUGGAGCUGUAAAAUCGUUAACAAAUUUUCCUUCAGAUACAGGGGUCACUUUGAGGGGUUUUUAAUAGCCGUGUUGAAUGCUUCAGUGAAGCACACAGUAGCUUUUAGCGAGCAAAGGAAAAAGAUCAAAUAAAGGGGCUUUGAUCUUAUACAGUGUGAGUUUUACAUGUAGUGAAGAUAAUUUUUUUACUCAUCACCAGCAAGAAAUAGGAAUUCUUUACGUGGGCUGGUAAUUUCGGCGUACUAAUAGUAGAAUUUAGCAUUCUUUGCAUUUUAUUUCAGUUUAUUAGCAUUC